GUACGAUACUGACGACUCAGUUCACUUGUCUCACAUUUCGUAUCCUUCUUCCAGCCCGUCACUACAAAUCCGCGUAGAUAUAGAUAACUUCUUCUGAAGCAUUGAAUAUCGUUGCACAAUUCACCGAUAGCUGCCACCGAUUAUUGGUGCAUGUCGCUGAGGGUUUUAACCUCGCAGGUUUUACUGCUUUGCGCUACCGCUAGGAAUCAAUCCCAAAAGUCAUUAAAUUCAGUCGAGCUUCAAAACAACACUCGCGAUGAGCGCAUCAACCAAGUCCCUUGACGAACUAUUAGAUCCGUCAGUCCUGCAUCUUAAACCCCUCACCGCGAAGGACCUCCCCGCCCACCCCUCCCUCCAGCCGCAGCAGGCCGCCUCAGCCACCUCCCUCCCCGACCUGGUCCAAUUCAUCCUCUCCAUCCUCUCUUCCGCGGAAUUACUCGGGCGCUCCAUCAACGACACCUUCGUACCCCUCGGGGUCCCGUGGGCGUCGCCUCCCGCCACCUCGCCGGUGGAGAUCUGGGUGCGGGACAUCUAUCCGCACGAACUGGCGCCGCGGGUGCCACGGAAGGUCGAGACUUGGUUUGCGCGGCGGAGCGUCCAUGUCCCGCGGGAGGAGCGGGGGACGGCGACGUGGGAGGAGUUUGAGCAGGGCUGGUGGCAGUCGCAUUCGGAGCAGGAGAAGGAAUAUAUUUCCGAUGUCAUCGAUGUGGUGAAGGUGGCGGACUGGAGUGAUCAAAUCCCGGCGUUGGCCUCCUGGGGAGGCUCCAGAAACCCGGAGAUUCGAUGGGGGGAAGUUGGGUUAUGUGUUUACGAAUCGGCUUACAAACUGCCUUUUCCUCUGAAAUACCGGUAUUUCAGUGAGUUGGUGGUCACUGCCCGCAUGAAGAACAACUCCAGCCCUGGAACGUCGUCGUUGCUACUCGUACAAGUGCCUGUGGACUUGACGGGGGGGCCACCUAUUGCGACUUCGAUGUAUUCGAGUAGUAGGCAUCGGACCGACGCUCCGAUACCGGAACUGAGAAAGCCGAUAGUCCGUGGCGAGUACGUGAGCGUAGAAAGGGUGUUUUGGAACAAGAGGGGUGACAUCGGAUGGGACAUGGCGACGGCCAGUGACGCGAAAGGCCAUGUGCCUAGGGUGCUACAGAAUGCGCUCAUACCACGCACCAUCGCUAUGGAUGUAGGGCGUUUCAUGGACUGGCAAGAUAACCAACGGGCAUCCUCGGCGGCCUAGGGUGGAGAGCAAGAGUGUGGAUGGAUUCGGCGCAUCUCGUACCUUUCCUUGGAAUGCAGCAAAGUACUUAUUUUUGGAGGCAGUAUGCCUGGCUCGCAGGAUGACGAGGGCGAU